GUGCAGCGAAGAAGGGAAGAAAACAACAUGCUGUCUGCUGUGGGUGCAUCUGUGAGAAGGGGCCUGUCCAGCCCAGCUGUCCUUGGUUGUCUCUCCUCACGUUGCAAACACACUCUGCCAGAGCUGCCUUAUGAGUACAAUUCCAUGGAGCCGAUUAUCUCUGGAGAGAUAAUGAAGCUGCACCACAGCAAACACCACGCCACCUAUGUCAACAAUCUUAACGCAGCAGAGGAGCAGCUUAACCAGGCCCUGGCAAAUGGUGAUGUGUCUCGUGUGAUUUCCCUUCAGCCCGCCCUCAACUUCAAUGGGGGUGGUCAUUUAAACCACACCAUAUUCUGGGACAUCCUGUCUCCAAAUGGAGGUGGCACCCCCAAGGGGGAUCUCUUGGAGGUUAUAAACAGAGACUUUGGGUCAUUUGAUAAACUGAAAAACGAGCUGACUGCGAGGGCUGUAAGUGUGCAAGGCUCAGGCUGGGGCUGGGUGGGUUACAACAAGGGUACGGGUAGACUUCGAAUGGCCCAAACUUCCAACCAGGACCCUCUAGAGGCUACAACAGGAUUAAUCCCGGUGCUUGGUAUUGAUGUGUGGGAACAUGCAUAUUAUCUUCAGUAUAAAAACAUGAGGGCUGAUUACGUGAAAGCCAUCUGGAACAUCAUCAAUUGGGAAAGCGUUGCCAAGAGGUACCAGGCCGCCAUUAUGGCGUGCUAAUACACAGUUAUCACUUCAGUGAUAAAUUGAACAGAAGUACUGGCUGAUAACUACAUAAUCAAGAGUGGCAAAUUUCGUCAAAACCCAAUAUUUUACUGAAAAUUGUAUCGGUUUCACAGUUUUUUCUUUCACGUGAAAGUGCUGCCAAAGUUUUGUGGAAUAGUAUUACAGCUAACAUUUUUUGCAGUGCUGAAAUUUCUGGGCAUUUUCAAACUGAGGGAAUUUGUACUUGAACCUCUGAGAGUGAUUAAUAAACGAACUGCACCGAUGAUAACCUUU